UCGAGGCAUUAAUCUGCUGCAGUCGAAACUUUAUAAUUCAAAAUAUCUCCAAAAUAACUCAGUAAAUCAAACGUUUUGCAAUUGAAAGUCGCUAACAAAGUAACGGUGAAAACUAAAAACUACGAAGUGCAAUGGAACCAAGCAAUGAUUUCACACUGGAUGCGCUAAAAAAUCUGGAACCGCUGGUGAACCCCGUCCGCCAGUAUCGAAACCGUUCUAAGAAAAAGAAGCAACGGAACGACGACGAAUGCCAAGAAGAAUGCAAUCAAACGACGGCUGCAGGCUGCAGCGCCACAGAAGGAGAAACAAAACUGGCUGACGUGCUAACUAAAAUCACCAGUCUCAACAAAACCUCUGACGACAAUGUCGAUCGCACGAAGCUGAUCAGAACGUACAACGUCAAAUUGCGAUUAAAAAAACCCUGCCUCUACAAGUGCUUCGAUUGUGACAGUUGUUUUACCAAUGCGGACUUUUUAGAGCUCCAUGAGAAGUCCCACAGUGCUACGGUUGCUAGUGAUGGUUCAUCGACAACAGUGGAUACCUCCGGAACAUCCUCCCGGAACGACAUUGAUCUUCAGCAGGAGCAAUCGUUCGACGAAUCGGAAAUGAUCGUCAAGCAGAACGCUUGGUUUGCGGACGAUUUUGGUGACGCCGACGAGCAAGAUGGCGACGACGGAAUGAUUCAACUGGAUUGUACCGUGGAGGAACGGGAGGAUAACUUCGACAUCACAUUCGAUAGAACGAAGUGUGAAAAAACAUAUACAGUGGUGAAAUAUAAAGUAAAGAAGGAUCCGGUGGGAAAGUGUGAAACUUGUGAGCGAAUGUUCUACACGAUGGAAUCGCUACAGCUGCAUAAAAUGGAGCACGAGCGGUUCAUGGAUUUCGAUGCCAUCGAACCGACAAUCAACAUCGACUCGCCCAGUAUCGAGGAAAGCACACUGGUGCUGGAUGAGAGCUUCUACCAAGCAGAGACGGAGAUGGAUUCAAGCGAUAUUUUAGAAGCGAAUGAUGGUGCAGUCGAUGCCAGACUGGGUAUCACCAGUGGAGGAUUAAGAAACGGCGAAUGUAAGCCCAUCAUUCGCCGACCGCUGCCGCCGCCCACCCAGGCACCGGCUAGAAGAGAAGAAAAUACCAUCGAGCGACGAUUCCAGUGCGAAAUAUGUUCCAAACGGUUUCGUUUCCGGCCAGCCUUCAACGUUCACGUUCGAACCCAUGACAACAAUCGACCGUUCCAGUGCGGAGAGUGCCAGCGGAGAUUUAUUUCGAGGGCGAAACUGUUUCUCCAUUCGUAUGGUCAUUCUCGUGAUCGGCGGGCAGCGUUGCGGUGCGACGAUUGUGGAGAUACUUUCGCCAGACCACGCCAGCUGUUGGAACAUCUCAAACAAGGACACGCGGCAUCGGCCGAGACCGUCUAAAGUCAGACGGCGGUGCGGGUGGAUAGGCUAAGACCAUGGCUGGUCCAUCUCGCAAGAGAAAAACAUUUCACUUAACUGAUGAUUACACGGCGAAUGAGAGCGACUCAAAUUUGAGUUUAGUUCACUCAUAAUCGCCAAAAGUGCAGGAACUCAGCGAUGAGUAAAAUUUGUCCCAUGGUUUCCUGUGGAAAACCUAAAAAAUCUGCCGGAAAAUGAGGAAAUUGACGAAAAUUUUAUUCAGUCUCGGAGUAGUACCAAUAGACUGAGUGAAUCCAAUCUUUAAUUUUCUCAAAUUCGGGAAUUUUUCCCUGGAAAAUCCUGGGAAAACAUGAGGCAAAUUAACUCAUCGCUGAGUUCCUGCACUUUUGGCGAUUAUGAGUGAACUAAACUCAAAUUUGAGUUGUUCUCAUUCGCCGUGUAAACAAUAACAAUUUGCCAACCAACUGACAGAACACAGCUUACUCAUUGGUGACGCUUGUCAGUCCGACAUCGAGAUGAGAGCCGUUAGUAGCAUGCAACUCAGGGGGAACAUGUCAGAAGGGUCUAACUCGAAACGUAAACAAUGACUCGGAUCGUCGGUUUCUUACGAAUGACACCACACCCACUCAAACUAACUGAAUCGUCUGACAGCGAAUUGUUUGUUCUACGAGCUGAUGUAGUCAGAUUUCGUGGGUGUGUGAUCAUUCAAGAGAAAUCGACGAUCAAAGUCAUUGUUUACGUUUCGAGUUAUACCCUUCUGACAUGUUUCCCCUGAACUAUUCUGCUGAAUAUAACAUUGUAUGCAAUCUUGUGUGGAGAGCUUUAGUGGGAAACUGUAAGCUUUACAUCUUGCAUGCAGCCUGUCCACAAUCCUACUCCUUAGGGUAUAAGGGGGACGGAGGAGACAGGGAAAGUAAAAGUGUGGAACAAAAUGUACUAUGGAAAUAAUAAACCAUCGAUAUAUGAAUUUGUCAACUAGAGAUAACAUGAUGAAUUGAGUUUUAAUAAAAUUAUCUUAAAACCUUCAAGAGACAGCGGUAUUAUUAUUUGAAAUAUAUCUCACAACAUACUUAUUGUUGCUCACAGGAUCGUUUGGGUUUUUGUUUUGGUCAGGAGUUGGGGAUACUAGGUUGGUGAUUUGCACCCGUGAGGGUCUUUUGGUUCCCGUUGCGAGAAUCGUUUAGGGUUACGAUUCAAACGGUUGCCAAGCCGAUGCGAAGGUAAUCGGCUCACAUGUGCUAGGAUGGGGAGGUUUUGUGAGCAGAGUUUUCCUUCUUCAAGGAUACGUGAAGAUCCAAGUUAACCAGAUCUCUUCAAUCCAGACUGCUGGCCAGUUGCCACAAUGUGUAAUUGAUUCCAAUUGGUUGGGUUCCACCUAAAGAGAGUCCGGUAUCACUUGCCAAAUUUAGUUGGUGGCGAGUUAAGGGGCUUCCGGAUACAAUCUUUCGGCUGGAUUGCUAACCAAUUCAGACUCAAGACCUGAUAUAACUUACCGAUUGGGUUUCGGAUGAGUGAGCUGCAUCAACGAAUAGUCAAAUAACACACACACUGAUUUUAUUUCUUAAAAAGUUCCGCUUAUAUAGCGGGUCGGGGCCCUAGAAUUUGGGCGUUUGUACAUCGUGCGCAUGUGCGCUUUGCUGCUAUGCAAGGGUCUAAUUCACCUACGCUCAAGUCCCUACGUAUAAGUCCUAUGGCCUUCAAUGCAUCGCCUAAGUGACGAUAUGGUUUUAUUUACGUCCCGAAUUUUAUUACCUUUCUUCUAUUUUCGAGAGUGGGGCGAUGCGUAUGAUCAUACCGCGCUACAAUUCUUAAACAAUUUACUUCUUAAAGUAGACGCGGGCCUUACCUCUUGCAGGUAAUUUACUGAACCUUCCCUAACAUCUUCUAGCUGGUUCUAUAAAUGCACCCUUGCUUAUUUAAGUAUUGUUCUUCUAAUACUCGGCCGUACCACCGCGUAUCGAAUCUUUUAAGACCUUUUUAUGGGCUAGCGUUCUAUCCUCAUUUCCCUAUCGAGCAGAUGCCCUUCGCUCUACGCACGGUUCAAGUGCACGCCUAGCGCGCUGCAUGCUAUGAUGCCCUUUUAAACGGAGAAGCGGCAGAGAAAGUAAAAGUCUAUUCUUAUCGGCAUGCAUUCGUACUGUACGUACGGUUGCCUUACUAGGCAUGGGCUUCCCGAGCAAAGUAGAAUAACAACCCGAUAUCAUCUAGAUAACAAGUCUUGUUAUCCCAGAUAUCAUUUUGUUUUCAGUUGUUAUCGCAUAACUUAUUUAGUUAUCAGCCUUGAUCAAUUUUGUUAUCAGUUGUUAUCAUGAAAAAUUCACUAUAACGAUGCAGGAUUAGUUCAAAACUUUAAAUAUUAUUCGCCUUGAAACAAUAAAAAUAGUGCUUUUAAUCCCUAAUCAUAUUUCAGUUAUUAGCGUAAGGCUUUGAUAUCAAAAUGAUAACAUGAUUUGAAAUUUAUGGUAUAAAUUUGUAUGGCUUACAGAAUUUGUUAUCAAGAUAUUUUCAAUGAUAACUAAAUUAGUUAUUUUUUUGAUAUCCAAAGAGCAAUUUUUUGCUAUAAUUUUUGUUAUGUUGGCUGUUAAUUCAACCAUAAUGAUAACAUAUUCAGUUAUCAAAAAGUGGUAACCGGGGAAUAGAACUUGUUAUCAAUUUGAUAUUUUACUUUGCUAGGGUUGCGGCUUUGCUUGCCGGCGCAAGGCUGAGCAGUACACGUGUGUAUCUAUGCCGUCCUUUGGCUUGUGCUACCUCGGUCGUAAACAUGGAUUGACUUUCGUCACCAUGCGCCGUUUAUUUGGGUGCAGUACCAGCAGGACCUCUUCCGAGCAGCGGCUUGUCUUUGUUUUUCUUUUCUCUUUUGCCCUUUUUUAUAAAUAAUAAUUUCCUACCGAAAUACUUUCGCUUUCCCUUGCCACUCUCAUAAGGUGAAUGACCUGGCAGAGGGAGCCGUCCUCUCGAUUAGGGAAUUUCUAAUAAUUACAAUGUCGCGUUCGCAACAACUGUUGUAAUUGUAUAUCAUGACAAAUAUUCACCAAAAUUUCGCAAUAUGAUGGCAGGAUACUAUAGUGUUGAAGAUUGUUGAACAGCGGUAUUCCUAAUGCUAUUUCCAGUUUAUCGAUAAUAAACGAUCCAUACGUAUCAAUGGUGCUGGAACCACCGAGAUGUUGCUGACAAUAUUCGAUUCGAUCAAGUUGUGAAAACGGUUGCACUUCAUACACUUGUAAUAGGCCAUGUGAUAUCUUUCUUAGACAUCGACUAGUCGCCGUGAGGGUUCACAUAAUGAAUGUUUAUUCUUGUAUCAGUUUGGUUACAUCUUACUUAAACUCUACACAUCUUCAUAAUUCUACACAAAUAACAAUUAGGUGGGGAGGCGCUUGGAGUUGCCGUUUUAACCAAUAAGAGUUCAAUUAGAAAUUUGUCAACAAGAGAGAAGUCGACGCUAAAACAAAUGGGAAAGAGAGUUCGGCGCUGUGACUUGUAACAUGAUGCGCUUGGCGUCUGUCAGGCUUAUUGGUGCAUAAGCAAGAAUUAUCGAUUGGCUAUAAGUGUCGUGUAUGGGAACAAAUGUGGUUCGGAGAAGGAAGAGUCAAUUUACGGUUCGCUAUCUGGGAAUGUUUUGAGGUGACGAAAACAUGGGUCAUCGUUUAGUGCUGCAUGGGAAAAUGCGUUCGCAAUAAUUUAAUUUGAAGUGGUGUUUUACACUUGUGCAACUAAGCAAUCAAUU